UCAAUGGAAUAGACCAUUUUCCAGGUUUUGAGGAAAUAUGGCGACCCAAAAUACUUGCUACAUUUUCUGCCUUCCAGAUGAAAUUUUGGAGAUGAUUCUAGGUUAUCCCUCGUAUGAGCAGAUCAGCAACUUGCGCUCGCUGCACCCCUUCUGAAAGAUGGGCACAGCCCCAACUGAGAUGCCCUUCCCAGGAUUGAACUGAGGCCUGCCAGUUACCAACUAAUUGGAACCCAGAACUCAACAGUAUGCAGAAAAUUUGACCAGGUUUGUCAGCACCUACUGAACCAGGGUUUUGUCAAGGUGGACAUGUACCAUGCACAAUGCUACAAGACCCUGAAGGCACGCCUCCCGCGGAGGGAAUCGGAGCGCAGGAACCACCCCAUGGCACGGCACGCGGACAUCUUGUCUGCCAUCGAGACACGUCUGUCUCUUCUAGGCAUGACGUUCAUGAAGUAUGUGGACAUGAACCUGUGCUGCUUCAUCCCAGGAAAGGUGGUUGAUGAGAUCUAUCGGGUCCUGUGGUUUAUCAACUCCACGCCCGCCCCGCCGCGAGCACACGAGCUCCUGCAGGAGCUGCGCGACAUCUCCUCCAUGGCAAUGGAAUACUUCGACGACAAAAUCGCCCCGUCUCUGAAGUCCAAAAUUCCUGUGGAAAUGUCUGUGAGAAUAACACCAAACAUUCCAGUUGCUUCGACAUCUGGACUGGACCAGUACAGCCAGGUGGCGCGGCUGGCACAACAGGUGCAGGGACUCAAGAAGGACCUGGUGUCAUCACGUACAGCUGUGCAUGAGCAGCGACAGAAGGCCUCCCAACAGGAGAAACUGCUUAGCUCACAGAAACAACAGCUCGCCACCCUGCAGAAACUGGUUUCCCUUCAGAAAAAGAGCUUAACCAAGCAGAGAAAGAAGACAGGCCAGCUGGAAGAGGUUGUGGCAAAACAGGGACAGCAGCUUUCGCAGCAAGAGCGCCAGAUGGCAGAACAGCAGCGUAAGAUAGCCGCCCUGGACUCCCGCAUGGACGACAUCAGCAACCAGCUGGCAAAAGGUCCGCUGCAUGGCACCACCAAUGCCGAUGUGUACCAGCAGACGAGCAGUAGAGGAGGAGCUGCCCAACACAAGUACACAGGCACUAACAACAUGGACAAAAACAAAACAUUGAGAAACAAAACUGCAGCAGGCAGAGAGCUGAGGAAGAGAAGUUUGUCCAACAAUGAACAACCACAUUCCUCUACAGCAACCUUUCCUGCUCCCAUCGGUCUAGGAAAGAAGAAAAAGAGAAAGAUGGCAAAUGAGUGAUCAUUUGCUUUUGUGUCUCUUUCAUACAUAUGAUUUGUGUAAAAAAAGGCAAAUAAACUAACGUUAUAUGUUAUUGCAUUAUGAAAAAAAAACGAUUGGGCUAAACAAAUUUUUGACCAGCCAUGUGGUCUUUCUCAGGAUAACUGAGGACUUGGCACAUCAUUUUUUUUUUAUGUGAAAAUACUUUUAUUCCCAAAAAAUAAAAAAUUUCACCAUUGGAAGGGGUUAAGAAACUGAAACUCUGUUGUUUUUGAGGCUAGAGGGAUAUUUUUAUAUUUAUAUUCCCAUAUUUAUGGCCAUUCUGUGUCAGAAGUAUUUCCUGGAAGAGACAGUCCUAGACUUGAGGAUGUGUGCAGCUAAAAUUGAGCCCCCAAAUAAGGGUGGGGGGGCUCCAAAGAAGAACAGAUGGGAAAUUUGUUGAGUCCGAUCCUUAUGCUGUAGUUUGAUUUAUUUACACACUCUUGUACAUGUAUAUCAACUUUCAUGGUACAUGUGCGUACAUAUAUGUAUAUCAAAGCUCUGUGUAGAAGCCAAUAUUGAAGUCCAAAACCUCAGAUGUUGUCCAUAUGUAUUGCAGUCAAUUUAGAAUUGAUCUAAACAAGGUGUUGAACAUGCACAUUUGUAUUAUAUUCACAACUUUUAUGACAAGAUUACCACUAGUCUAUUAGUACUAUUAUUACUAGAACAAAUGCAUUUAUGUUCACUGGGAUUUGAUUUUUGAGGAAGGAGAAAAUGGAGUGUUCACAGCGGUUUUUAGUUUUUAAUAGCACUAUAGAGUACUAUACUGUGCAGUCCCCACGAACAGCCAGUCAGAAACCACCUCCUCCUCACAUCAGGGCAAGGGUGCUACAGAGCGGCAGAACCGUCUUUGAAAAACACGACAAAAUGAAUGGGUGCAAACUAGACGCAAACUAAAUGUGUAGUAGACAAAUGGGCGCCAAUAGGCACCAAUGGGGAAAGUACAUGUAGACACGAACUAGAGGCCAACAGGCGCCAUUAAUUCUGUAAAAAGCAAUAUGUCAGUUUCAACAUUUGUUGUAAAAAUCUAUAAAUGUAUUGCAUAUGUACAUGGUGCAAAACACGUUAAUAGAGUGAAAUCUGUUAUAUUGUUUGUGUCCAUCUGUUUUGGUCAUUUCUGUAUCAUUAAGAGCUUUUUUAAGGUUUAUACGUAUAUUUCAUAAUACAUGCCGUUAUAUUACCUGUGUUACAUAAGAUAUGAUAAGAGAGUUUCCUUUUAUCAAUCAAAUCUGUCUUUGAUGCAUUUUAUUUUAAUCAUAUUGCACUUUUUUUCUGAUUAGUUGGCAACACUGUAAUUUACAGUAACCUGCUCAUCUGGGCUUCAGACCCAAAUACACUUCACAUCAGUGUGACCGCAAUAGAAAAUUGAUGACAGAUUUUAUUUAUUAGGUGUUACCAAGGAGGUUAAAAAUCAUUGUUUUUUUAACCUCCUUGGUGUUACAAUAAACAGUUGUCCACUAGUCACAGCCCGGAGAUACCUCCUAUAGAGAAACAGGUCCUAAGCAGUCAUAAGAGUGUUCUAGUACAGGUACACUUGGCAUGACAUUCUUUUCUUAGCUUACAUGUAUGAGAAAUAAACAUGCCACAAC